AUGGCCUCCACCAAGGUGACAGCAGCGGCGACAGAGCUGGCGGCCGCCCGCGAGCACGGGCUGGCCGUGACCCGCGACUUCCACAGCAACCCCCGGCUGAGUCCCGGGGUGUCCCUUCCCGCUGUGUCCCCACCCCUGGCACCGCGCCAGCGCCACACCGGGGUGGACGAUCCUCCUGUCACCUUGUCCCCAACCCCCCCGCUGUCACCGAGGACGUACGUUGUGACCUUUGUACUGCGCCGGGAGAACCUGGAUGUCAUCUCCUCGGGAUGUCACCUCCCCUCGACCCCAACCGGCGGCCACCCGCGGGUGACUCGUGCUCCGGUCACCUGGCGGAGCGCCAGCCCUUGGCUCGCUGUCACCCUCGUGUCCCUUUGCCAGGAAAAACCCUGGCGAUUCCUCUCCGCUUUUGUCGCGUUUGUCACCCCCGCCCCCGUCCCCACCCCAACCCCCGCCACCGCCACCCAGGAGGGGACAAAGUGCUGUCCCCGUUUUGUCCCUGUCACCCCGCUCCCCAAAAUCAUCCUGGAGGUGUUUGAGGGCACAUCUGGCAUCGAUGCCAAGGCGACAACCUGCGAGUUCACCGGGGACAUCCUGCGCACGCCGGUGUCCGAGGACAUGCUGGGCCGGGUGUUCAAUGGCUCCGCCAAACCCAUCGACAGCGGCCCCCCGGUAAUGGCCGAGGACUUCCUGGACAUCAACGGCCAGCCCAUCAACCCCCACGGGCGCAUUUAUCCCGAGGAGAUGAUCCAGACUGGGAUCUCUCCCAUCGACGUCAUGAACAGCAUCGCCCGUGGCCAGAAAAUUCCCAUCUUCUCGGCCGCCGGACUGCCCCACAACGAGAUCGCGGCACAGAUCUGCCGCCAGGCCGGGCUGGUGAAGAAAUCCAAGGACGUGGUGGAUUUCCACGAGGACAAUUUCGCCAUCGUCUUCGCGGCCAUGGGGGUGAACAUGGAGACCGCGCGGUUCUUCAAGUCAGACUUUGAGCAGAACGGCUCCAUGGAGAACGUCUGCCUGUUCCUCAACCUGGCCAACGACCCCACGAUCGAGAGGAUCAUCACGCCCCGGCUGGCGCUGACCACGGCCGAGUUCCUGGCGUACCAGUGCGAGAAGCACGUGCUGGUCAUCCUGACCGACAUGAGCUCCUACGCCGAGGCCCUGCGGGAGGUGUCAGCAGCCAGGGAGGAGGUCCCGGGCCGCCGCGGCUUCCCUGGCUACAUGUACACGGACCUGGCCACCAUCUACGAGCGAGCUGGGCGCGUGGAGGGCAGGAACGGCUCCAUCACCCAGAUCCCCAUCCUCACCAUGCCCAACGACGACAUCACUCACCCCAUCCCUGACCUGACGGGCUUCAUCACCGAGGGCCAGAUCUACGUGGACCGGCAGCUCCACAACCGCCAGAUUUACCCCCCCAUCAACGUCCUGCCAUCCCUGUCCCGGCUGAUGAAAUCAGCCAUCGGAGAGGGAAUGACCAGGAAGGACCACGGGGACGUGUCCAACCAGCUGUACGCCUGCUACGCCAUCGGGAAGGACGUGCAGGCCAUGAAGGCCGUGGUGGGUGAAGAGGCCCUGUCCACCGACGACCUCCUGUACCUGGAGUUCCUGCACAAGUUCGAGAAGCAUUUCAUCUCCCAGGGUCCCUACGAGAACCGGAGCAUUUUCGAGUCCCUGGACAUCGGCUGGCAGCUCCUGCGCAUCUUCCCCAAGCAGCUCCUCAAGCGCAUCCCGGAAAACAUCCUGGCCGAGUUCUACCCCCGCGAGGCCAAGGCGCCCGAGCAGGGCACGGCCCUGUGA